UCUCUCUUAUCCUCCCCUUUUUUCUCAAUAAGGACAAAAUCUGUGCUCAGGGGAGAAGGGCAUAGCGUGCCCCUCCCUUCCUUCCUCAGCCAACAGUUUGGCUUCCCUUCUAGAGAGGUGAGAGAAGGUGUGACAGGCCAAGUUUCCUUUGCUCCACCCCAUCGUGUUUCCCCCAAACACCCAGCAUAAGUUCACGUCUGGCAGAGUUGCUUUCCAGCUCCUGCAGGCUGGAGUCGGCUCACCUGCAGUAGGCACUCAGCACAACUCUGCGAGACCGGCUCACCUGCACCCGGCACUCAGCACAGCUUCCAGCAUGCACAGCCUCCCCACUGCCACCCGGGCCACCUUGAUCCUCAGCCUGGCCUUUGCCUCCCUCCACUCGGCUUGCUCGGCAGAAGCAAGCGGCAGCAACAGCUCAACCUUGACCGCUCACCCCCCAGACCCUGGGACCCUGGAGCUGUGCCUCAACGUGGACUUCUGCCCACAAGCAGCCCGGUGCUGCCGCGCAGGAGUGGACGAGUACGGCUGGAUCGCGGCAGCUGUUGGCUGGAGUCUCUGGUUCCUCACCCUCAUCCUGCUCUGUGUGGACAAACUGAUGAAGCUAACUCCAGAUGAGCUCAAGGACUUGCAAGCGUGAGACCCAGGCUCGGUGCACAAAACAGUGAUCACCACCAAUUUGUGGCUAAUGGGGAAGGGGAGUAGGGCUAACAUGGUUUCUAUUAUUUAAGUCAUUUUCACCUUUAAGCUUCAGUUACUUUUACAAGGGAAAGAAGAAAGAGCGGGAGAACCAAGUGAGGCAAGCCACUGCUGCCCUUGCAUGCUGCUCCCAAGGGCCCCUGGGCCUUCUGAGCCCAGGUGACUCCUCUCUCAAGAUAGUCCUUCUGGAAUUUGUCCUGUUUUAACCUUUCUUCUAGGCACCAAGGGAGGUGCACAAGAAACUAUAAGACUUAGUCUCAUCGUCAACAUGUUCAGAAACAAAUGCAUAACCUUCUCACCAAAACCAGGUCAUUGGCUUCUCUCCCUGCUUGAGUCCCGGGCUUAACUGUCAUUUCAGAAUGUGAGAAUCAGUCAGGUAUGGUGGCUCAUGCCUGUAAUCCCAGCAUUUUGGGAGGCAGAGGUGGGCAGAUCACUCAAGGUCAGGAGUUCCAGAUCAGCCCGGUCAACACGGUGAAACCCUGUCUCUACUAAAAACACAAAAAUUAGCCAGGUGUGGUGGUGCACACCUGUAAUCCUAGCUACUUGGGAGGCUGAGGCAGGAGAAUCUCUUGAACCUGGGAGGCGGAGGUUGCAGUGAACCAAGAUCAUG